AUGCAUCAAAUGCAAGAGGAGCACGGUGAGAGUCCCUCGUUGGCUUCUUUGACGAGCCUUUCCCAGUUGAGCCAUGAGGACUAUUUGGACGAAGUGAAACUGGUGGAUCAUCACUUUCGAUUGAAUGCCUACUUUGUCACUGCCGCAUGGCUUUUGCUUAUUCUGUGGUCCUACUGGAUAACGCCACCGGAACAACUGGAAACAUUGGAUGGACCCGAAUUUUAUUCCGCGCUCUUUGCAACAUUAUUCAUGUUUCUCAGCAUGAUGGGACGAUUCUCGGCCUUGUUUUGGUUGGAGGCCAGGGGCGACACGCGCAAUUUCAGCGGUGUCUUGGUGGCGAGUCUGAUGACCCAAAUUAUCGCCUUUUUGAAUAAUGCAUUAAUGUGCUGUGGAAUUCCCGUGCCGGUUCAUAUCGACCCGGUCUUUGGAACGAGGAUUUUCCUCUUGCGAUGGUGCGCCUGGGCUCCGUUGGGAUAUUACAUGACCUUUUUGGUGGCGGGCAUUGAUCCGGGCGCCAAAUUGAAGAAUGCGUACCUUUUGGGACUCACUCAAGGACUGUCCACCCUGACUGGCUUCGUCUUUCCCAUGUGCAAACACACUUGGCAGUGGAUCAUGGUCAUGAUCUUUGCCGUGGUAUUGUUUGGUUGCAUGUUCCCGGCCUUGUAUGUGCAAAAAUCUAGAUUUGCCAGAAUGAGAAAGGGAAGUAGUGCCCACAGUGUAGAACUAUUCGAUAGGAGUCGAUUGGCAUAUCAACUAAUGCUCACGUGUACGGUGGCAUGGUCCUCCUUGGUGUGGAUGUACUUUGUGGCGGGAGCUUCGAUGUUUUUAACACCCAAGGAUGCAAGCAUUGCCGACCUUUGGGUCAAUCAAAGGCCCUACUUUCCCAUGAUAUGGGAGUGUUCCAUGGAUGUGAUCCUCAAAAACUUGUACCUAAAUAUUAUUGUGCAAGUACACAAGGUUGCUUUCGAUGACGGAGAACGUGCCGACCGUCGGUUGAUUGAAUUGAGAAGACUCAUGAGUGCAGUCUGGGAACGAUCCAGCGACGUAAUUUGCGUUUCGGUCCAAGGGAUUGGAGGGACCAUUACGACCAUGGUCAGUCCUGUCUAUCUGGAACUUUAUCAUGGUCGGACGGAAAGCAAUGCCAUUUUGUUCGAAAUUGGAAAGGAGGAUGUGGAAAGUCGAUCGUAUUCCAAUAUACAACCACGGUCCGUCCGCGAAAUUGACUUUCAUUCCCUGCCAGCGCCGGGAUCCCACGUAUUUACAGAUUUUGGACAAGACAUGGACAUUGGGACUUUGAAUUCUACCUUGGAUGAUAGUCUAUUAACUUCGUUGGCCGGUAUGAUUGCUCGCGGUUGGAGCUUGAUUGGAGAUCAAAAGAGUCUGACCCAUCGAUUGCUCAAAGUUCGUGACGGAGCGAAAAAGUUCACUUCGUGCGAGGCCAACAUUUGUCGAUUGGAAAACAAUGCCAUGCUCAUGGUGAUUCGUGAUAUUUCCGAACGGGCCAAACGAUUUGAAGCAGAAAAGAAGAUGAUUUUGGAAGCGACGGCCCGGAAAAAGGAUGCGGAAGCAAACCGUUUCACUAGGCACGAAGUCAAGAAUGGUCUUUUGGCGGCCAUUCAUCUUUGUGAUAGUCUCAAGGAUACAAGCUUUAAUGGCGACGAUGAAAGUAGUAAAGAUUCGAGCACGGCUUCUGAUAGCGGACAGUCUGGUGUUGCCAGAGCACCGGCCCGAAAAAAGACAAUAGCAGAACCAAAGGCAGAAGUAUCCGUGUACACUCGCGAACUGGACAAAACGUUGCGGACUAUUUUGGACACGAUUCUUUCCGAGGCCAUGGCGAGAGAUGUGAUUCAUGGAAACUAUGAACCCAAGAUGGAACGGGUGGAACUUAAGCGGUUAUUGAAUGCUGGGGAAAUGAGAUCGGAUCGUUUCAAAUUGAAUACUACGCCAUCGCCGUUGCCGUCAUUAUAUAUUGACCCACAAUUACUCCUGUACAUACAUCGGAACGCUGUAAGCAAUGCCUGCAAAUACGGCCAAACUGGUGGCGACGUCACGACAGAAAUUGUAUACGAUGAAUCGAGCGAAGUGUUGCGAAUAGAGGUGGUGAAUCUCCCAGGUCCAGAGCAUGAGCGCCUACUUCGACUUGGUGAUCAAGCUGCUACAUUGGUAUUUGAACCUGGAAGGAGAUUGCACAGUGAGCACGAUGGCGGCAGUCAGGUUCGGCGCGGCACCCACUCGGCUGGCGAUGGGGCUUGGAUUAUAUGGAAGUGUGCAGAGACACUCCGAGGAAAAGCAAAUAUUCGAUUCGAACAGGAACGAACCGUAUUUUCACUGAUAUGUCCAGCGAAACGCUUUGGACAAAGGGCCAUUCAAUCCGAAAUAUUUCAGAUUCCAUCAAAUGCUUGGGGUAUUGCAAUUGAUGAUUCCAAAAUCCAACGAAGACUUCUAUCUAAAUUCUUAUCGCAUGCUGGGGUGCCCGAAUCUCGUCAAAUUAUUCAAGGUUCGACGGCUGAAGAGAUCCGAGCCUUUGAUUCUUUUCUCGUGGAUCUGGUCGAAAAGAAUUCCGAAGACUACUUUUUGGUGAUCGUCGAUGAGAAUUUGGACAUUACCGAGAAUGGAACGCUUCGAAGCACUGUGUCGGGAUCUGAAUGCAUUCAACGAGUGAGACAACGCCUUGCUCCGGAACACGAACGCAGAAUACUUGGGCUGGUGCGCUCGGCCAAUGAUUCUUCACAAGAUAUUGCCAGCUAUCUCUCUCGUGCUCAUGGGUUCGUAUCAAAGGCACCUGUUCGGUCGUCAUCUGUCGCAGAGACGAUUGCUCCUCUUUGGAAAAAAAGAUUCAAUUACCUACCAAUAGCUGUGGAAGCUACUGGCACGGCAGGAGCAAUGCCGAUACAGAAUUUAGAUAAUGAAGGCAUGACUGACUUUGUAAUUUUGGUGGUGAAGGAACUUCGAUCGAACUUGGACGCAGUCGACGAAUUGUCUUCGGAAGACUCCAAUGCAUCCCUGGUACAAAAUUGGCCUCUGAUAUGGGAAAAGCUUCACUGUCUAAAAGGCGAUCUGUCCAGUUUGUUCAAUACUCGGAGUAUUAUGAAGGCGGUUGGAGAUAUUAAUGCCAUGCGGGGUCCCGACCUGCCCGAAAGAUUUGUGGCUCGUUGGAUAACCUUACGAUCGGAAAUAACGGACAUUGCCUCGACGAUAGGGAGCAAUUUUUCCGACGGCGAAAGGAAGAGAAGUCGAAAACGACCCAACACCAAACCAGAAUCCUCCGGCAUGCAGCACCGCAGGAAGAAACGAUCGUAA